AUGCAACUAGUCAAGAUCUGUGGAGUCAAAACUCUUGAAGCAGCAGAAACUGCAAUCCUCAACGGCACAGACCUAGUCGGAUGCAUCCUCGUACCCAACAAGAAGCGCACCAUAGACAUAUCAACGGCAAAACAAAUUGCCCAAUUUGUCAAACGUGGUCGUCCACAAUCGAUAAAACAAAUGCAGGCACAGCUACGCGAUAACCGCCACAAGUUCCAAUCUCCCAUCGAGUAUUUCGAGUUUGUACAGAAGUUGAUUUUGGAUAAUGGGCCAUUCUUAGUCGGAGUUUUCCAAAAUCAAUCACGGGAGGAUGUUUUCAAAUUGGCGAGAGAAAUCGGAUUAGAUUUCAUUCAGUUACAUGGUGAAGAAACCAAACUCGAUUUUGUUAAUGAUGAUGAAUUUGGGUUCAUUUUGCGAUAUGUCGUGCCUCAAGACACGGAGCAGUUACGCGAAGAUGGUGAAGAGUUGAUGAAACGCGGGGUUUUGAGUUUACCAUUGUUGGAUUCGGCACAAGGUGGCGAAGGUAAAGUGAUUGAUUGGGAUUAUAUUAGUGAGAACUUGUCAUUUACGAGAGCACUUUUAGCUGGUGGGUUGAAUCCUGAUAAUAUUCGCGAUACAAAAAAAGUCAGGAAUAUUAUAGGAUAUGAUGUUAGUGGCGGUGUCGAAACGGAUGGAGAUAAAGAUUUGACCAAGAUUAUCAGAUUCAUUGCUGGUGGAAAGAGUCUUUAG